AUGGCCCCCAUCACGCUCCGCCACCUCACGCUCCACCCGACCCCACUCGCCGAGGUCCCCGACCCAGACGACUCGUCCUUUGAGCAAGAGCUCGCCCAGGAGGGCGCACAGCUCCUCUCGCACGACGCCUGGGGCGAGCGCAAGUCGUGGCACGGCGGCGUCGUCGACACGUUCGUCCUCCCGCAGGGCUCCGUGACGUACGACCCGGCCAAAGGCGGCACGGCUGGGCCUUCUCCGACAGGUCAGAGCGGCGAGGAGGGCAUCCUGUGGCACAAACGCGUGUCGCGGUUCAAGGCGUCCGAGCACGGCGGCUACGACGUCUGGUACGACGCUGUCGGCCAGAACCACAUCGAGCAGGAGCGAGAGUACGUCGACAACCUCGUCGACGUCGUCGACGUCGGCAAGAGCGAGGGCAAGAAGGCGUGCUACCUCAAGCUGUACAAGCUCCCGUUCGGCGCGACCGACCGCUCGUUCAUGUGCCACGCCGUCCUCGUCUCGCCCAGCUCGUCGUCGACGCAAGAGCCCGAGCAGCAGGACGACAAGUCGGCAUCGUCCAACAAGCCCAAGCCGGACAAGGACGCCAAAGACGGCGGCAAGGGCAGCGGCGGCCCGCGCGAGUUCCUCGUCUUCUCGCUCCCGAUCACGACGCCGACCGAGCCCAAGGAGGGCAAGAAGUACGUCCGAGGGACGCAGGCGACCGUCGAGCGUGUGCGCGAGCUCGAGGGAGGCGAGAUCGAGUGGACCUGCGCGAGCCUGAGCACGCCCGGCGGCAACAUCCCCGUGCGCCUGAGCGAGAGCAAGAUGUCCCAGUCUCUCGCCGACGCAGUCCCGACCAUCCUCACCUGGAUGGCCAAGUCACACCCUCCCGGCGCGUCGCACAUCAAGUCGGGCGGCUACACGGCCGACUCGCCCGCGUCGGCUCAGCGUCCGGCCAAGCUGCGGCAGACGGCCCAGACGGCCAACCCGGGAGGAGGGAUGGGCCUCAUGCCCGCCGGCCGGUUCACGCUCGAGAUGUUCCAGCGCGAGGUGCCGCUGCGGGACUACUGA